AUGAUGAAUCAGCGGAUUCAGUAUUGGGAAAAAGAUUCCAAACACGGAAAAACAGUGGCUGGGAACGGCAGUGAUGGUUCAGCAUUAAAUGAAUUUAAUCGUCCAUAUAAAGUGUUACUUGAUUCAAAAAAAAAUAUAAUAGUUGCCGAUUUGGAUAAUGAACGUAUAACAAGAUGGGCAUCAACAUAUGAUCCAAAAACGUCUGCUGGUACAAUUAUAGCAGGUGGUAAUGGUGCAGGUCUCAAUCCAUAUCAAUUAAAUGCUCCGACUGGUUUAUAUUUAGAUGAACCAAAUAACAUCUUAUAUAUAUCAAAUGAAGAAUCCCAUUCCGUAACCCAAUGGGAAAUGGAUACUUAUGGAAAUCGUAAUAUAUAUGCAGGAAUUCCUGGCAGACCUGGUAAUAGUCCAGCGCAAUUGAUGGGUCCUGAAGGCCUAACUCUUGAUAAAUAUGGGAAUUUAUAUAUCACCGAUUGUAUGAAUCACAGAAUACAAAUGUUUUGUCCAAAUUCUGUAUAUGGUAUAACAAUUGCAGGAACGGGUCAAAUUGGUAAUGGCAGUAAUGAAUUAUAUUAUCCACACGAUGUGGCAUUUGAUUCAGAAAUGAAUUUAUAUGUUACAGAUACAUAUAAUCUUCGUAUACAAAAGUUUGAAAGAAUACAAUAA